GUGUGGAGAGAGAGAGCGAGAGAGCGAGAGAGAGAGAGAGAGAGAGCGAGAGAGAGUGUGGAGAGAGAGAGCGAGAGUAUCUGAGGGUUUCUCUGUUGUGCAGGUCUUGUCUGUGAGGCUGGGUGUAAUGGCGGUGUCCCGGCGCUCCUCUCAGCACCAUGGCGGCGGGCUCCAGUCUCCGCCGCGGCUCUCCGCCGUCUCGUCUCCGCCUCUGGACGCUCCUCAGUCCGAGGCUGCCGCGCUGAGCCCCACCGAGGCCUCACCGGAGCGGCCGAGCAGCAGCGGAGCCUCCAGCUCUCCCAGCGGGGCCGUGGGCAGCAGCAGCCCGGCCUCAGCGGCCGCCAGCCCGGCCCAGGACAGCGGCGCGUUCCGGGAGCUGUUCGAGGCCUGCAGGAACGGAGACGUGUCCCGGGUGAAGCGGCUGGUGGACUCGGCGAACGUCAACGCCAAGGACAUGGCGGGGAGGAAAUCCACCCCGCUGCACUUCGCCGCAGGUUUUGGUAGGAAGGACGUGGUGGAGCACCUCCUGCAGACGGGGGCGAACGUUCACUCCCGGGACGACGGCGGGCUGAUCCCGCUCCAUAACGCCUGCUCUUUCGGACACGCGGAGGUGGUCAGCCUGCUGCUGUGUCAGGGGGCGGACCCCAACGCCCGCGACAACUGGAACUACACGCCGCUGCACGAGGCCGCCAUCAAGGGCAAGAUAGACGUCUGCAUCGUGCUGCUGCAGCACGGCGCCGACCCCAACAUCAGAAACACGGACGGCAAAUCGGCGCUGGACCUCGCAGACCCCUCCGCCAAGACCGUCCUCACCGGUGAAUAUAAGAAGGACGAGCUGUUGGAGGCGGCCAGGAGCGGGAAUGAAGAUAAGCUGAUGGCUCUGCUCACCCCACUUAACGUAAACUGCCACGCCAGCGACGGGCGCAAGUCAACUUCACAAAAAAUGCUGUCGACUCCGCUGCACCUGGCCGCCGGUUAUAACCGCGUUCGUAUCGUCCAGCUGCUGCUGCAGUACGGAGCAGACGUCCACGCCAAAGACAAAGGUGGUUUGGUCCCACUGCAUAACGCCUGUUCAUACGGUCACUACGAAGUCACAGAGCUCCUGCUGAAGCACGGCGCAUGUGUGAAUGCGAUGGAUCUGUGGCAGUUCACUCCGCUGCACGAGGCGGCCAGUAAGAACAGAGUGGAGGUGUGUUCACUGCUACUGAGUCACGGAGCCGACCCCAACCUGCUCAACUGCCACAGCAAGAGCGCCAUCGACCUGGCUCCCACGCCUGAGCUCCGGGAGAAACUCACCUAUGAGUUUAAAGGUCACUCGUUGCUGCAGGCUGCGCGGGAUGGGGACGUGGCCAAAGUGAAGAAGACGCCGCAGGAGAUCAUCAGCUUCAAACACCCGCACUCGCACGACAGCGCUCUGCACUGUGCGGUGGCAUCUCCUCACCCCAAACGCAAACAGGUCACAGAGCUGCUGCUGAGAAAAGGAGCAAACAUCCACGACAAGAACAAAGACUUCAUGACUCCAUUCCACGUGGCUGCUGAACGAGCCCAUAAUGAUGUUCUGGAGGUUCUGCAGAAACACGGAGCGAAGGUGAACGCAGUGGACACUCUGGGUCAGACUGCCCUGCACAGAGCCGCUCUCGCCGGACACAUCCAGACCUGCCGGCUGUUGCUUAGUUACGGCGCCGACCCAGCAAUCGUUUCACUGCAGGGCUUCACGGCCGCUCAGAUGGGGAACGAGGCUGUCCAGCAGAUACUCAGCGAAAACAUUCCAGCUCGAAACUCGGACGUGGAUUACCGUUUCCUGGAGGCGGCUAAGGCCGGAGAUCUGGACACAGUCAAGCAACUGUGUUCUCCUCAGAACGUGAACUGCAGAGAUCUAGAAGGCCGCCACUCCACUCCGCUGCACUUCGCUGCGGGGUAUAACCGCGUGGCCGUGGUGGAGUAUCUGCUACACCACGGAGCUGACGUCCACGCCAAGGAUAAGGGAGGUUUGGUUCCCCUCCAUAACGCCUGUUCUUACGGUCAUUAUGAAGUUGCUGAGUUGUUGGUCAGACACGGAGCGUCUGUAAACGUAGCUGAUCUGUGGAAGUUCACCCCCCUGCACGAGGCAGCAGCGAAGGGCAAAUAUGAAAUCUGUAAACUUCUGCUGAAGCACGGCGCGGACCCGUCCAAGAAGAACCGUGAUGGGAACAUGGCUCUGGACAUGGUGAAGGACGGCGACACGGACAUUCAGGAUCUGCUGCGCGGUGACGCCGCCCUGCUGGACGCAGCGAAGAAGGGCUGCCUCGCUCGGGUGCAGAAGCUGUGCAGCCCGGACAACAUCAACUGCAGAGACACGCAGGGCAGGAACUCCACGCCGCUGCACCUCGCAGCUGGCUACAAUAACCUGGAGGUGGCGGAGUACCUCCUGGAGCACGGAGCAGAUGUGAACGCGCAGGAUAAAGGAGGACUGAUCCCGCUGCACAACGCUGCCUCCUAUGGGCAUGUGGACAUAGCAGCUCUGUUGAUAAAGUACAACACGUGUGUGAACGCGACGGAUAAGUGGGCGUUCACGCCGCUGCACGAAGCCGCUCAGAAAGGCCGGACGCAGUUAUGCGCACUGCUGCUGGCACACGGCGCCGACCCAACCAUGAAGAACCAAGAAGGCCAGACUGCACUCGACUUAGCCACGGCUGAUGAUAUCCGUGCGCUGCUGAUGGACGCCAUGCCACCGAAUGCUCUGCCCAGCUGUUUUAAGCCUCAGGCCACAGUUCUGAGUGCCACUUUGAUCUCACCUGCCUCCACGCCAUCCUGCCUCUCCGCUGCCUCAAGCAUCGAUAACCUGGCGGGGCCUCUGAGCGACGGGGCCAGCGCCGGGGCCAGCGGGGGAGCUACAGGCCCUGCAGACGGAGCGUCUGGGACAGAGAGGAAAGAGGGAGAGGUAACGAUGUUGGAUAUGAACAUCAGUCAGUUCCUGAAGAGUCUGGGUCUGGAGCACCUCCGAGACGUCUUCGAGCGUGAGCAGAUCACUCUGGACGUGUUGGCUGAUAUGGGACAUGAGGAGUUAAAGGAAAUCGGGAUAAACGCUUAUGGACACCGACACAAACUCAUCAAAGGCAUCGAGAGGCUGUUGGGGGGGCAGCAGGGUGCGAACCCAUACCUGGCCUUCCACUGCACCGCUCAGGGCACCGUCCUCAUCGACCUGCCGCCUGACGACAAGGAGUUCCAGUCCGUCGAAGAGGAGAUGCAGAGUACGAUCCGUGAGCACAGAGACGGCGGUAAUGCAGGAGGGGUCUUCAGCAGAUACAACGUCAUCAAGAUCCAGAAGGUGGUGAAUAAGAAGUUACGAGAGCGAUACACUCACCGGCAGAAGGAGAUCGCUGACGAGAACCACAAUCAUCACAACGAGCGCAUGCUUUUCCAUGGUUCACCCUUUAUAAACGCCAUCAUCCAUAAAGGCUUUGACGAGCGGCAUGCCUACAUUGGAGGCAUGUUUGGAGCAGGGAUCUACUUUGCUGAAAACUCGUCCAAGAGUAACCAGUACGUUUACGGCAUCGGAGGAGGAACCGGCUGCCCUACACACAAAGACCGCUCCUGCUACCUGUGCCACAGGCAGAUGCUGUUCUGCAGGGUAACUCUAGGAAAGUCCUUCCUUCAGUUCAGUGCUAUGAAGAUGGCUCAUGCUCCUCCAGGUCAUCACUCUGUUAUCGGGAGGCCCAGUGUCAAUGGUCUUGCGUAUGCAGAGUACGUCAUCUACAGGGGAGAGCAGGCUUAUCCAGAGUAUCUAAUCACCUAUCAGAUUGCAAAACCGGAAAGCACCCCCCAAACUGCCACAGGAGCAGAACAGAAAUCAUAGUGUCCCUCGCUCUCUCGCUCUCUUUCCCUCUGUCUCUUUCCUCCUUCCUUGCCUCACUCUGGCCCUUAUUCCUUCUCUUUCACACAUUUUCCCCCUGUCUCACCCUGUCUCACUAAAACAUUCUUGUGAAUAUUGCACAAAAAGAAAUGUGAACUGUACUAUUGACUGUUGUCUUACUCAUGGGCUUGCCAUGUAUGCAUUAUGAAUUUGCACUUUUAAAGUGAGUUAUUUAAGUUAUUUGAGAAGCAGUUGGAUUGUGAAGUGUAUUGUACAGGCAGUGGAAAAGAAUCAUGUACAACACGUUGUGAUUAACCAAGCUAUUUGAGUUGUAUUUUAAGGAAAGUCUUUUUUCUUUCUUUCUUUCGAUCGUUCAUUUCUUUUAAAUAAACCCGGUCAGAGCAUAAACUUUGUUCAAAUCCACAAUUUAUUUAUUCACUGUUUUAAAACGCGUUUAUUAACAUGUGGAAUUAAACAUUUGGUGUAUAUUUA